CCGCCUCCCCACACUCAGCUUCCCUCCCAGGUAAGCAAAGCAAAGCCAAGCCUCCGAUCCCCCAGCAAUAAUGUCGGCGCUCGGCGCGCUCUCCGGCGGCGCCGCCGGUGUCGCCGGCCUCCUCAGCCUCCGCCGCCGCGCCGCGCCACCACCCUCUGGGCUCGCAUCCUCGCCGCACCUCCCGCCUCUCAAGCGCACCGUCGUGCCCGAUGCCGGCCAGCUCGUCUGGGGCCGCCAGCUCCGCCCGGCGCUCCUCCCCGCCGCCCUCCUCCCGGCGCAGCCCGCCAGGAGGCACACCCUGCGCCCGCCCGCCGCAGCCGCCGAGGAGGCCAAGCCCGCGGGUUUCUUCGACAAGUACCCUGCCCUGGUCACCGGCUUCUUCUUCUUCAUGUGGUACUUCCUCAACGUCAUAUUCAACAUCCUCAACAAGAAGAUCUACAACUACUUCCCCUACCCAUACUUCGUGUCGCUGAUCCAUCUAGUAGUGGGUGUCGUGUACUGCCUCAUCAGCUGGUCUGUCGGUCUCCCCAAGCGUGCGCCUAUCAAUUCCACGCUCCUGAAGCUGCUCUUUCCAGUGGCGCUGUGCCAUGCUCUUGGUCAUGUCACUAGCAACGUCUCCUUCGCUGCUGUUGCAGUCUCAUUUGCCCACACUAUUAAAGCUCUGGAGCCCUUCUUCAACGCAGCGGCUACUCAGUUUGUCCUUGGACAGCAGGUUCCCUUGUCGCUGUGGUUGUCCCUUGCCCCUGUUGUCAUUGGUGUUUCGAUGGCAUCCCUCACUGAGCUCUCAUUCAACUGGACUGGCUUCAUCAAUGCCAUGAUAUCUAACAUCUCAUUCACUUACAGGAGUAUUUAUUCCAAGAAAGCUAUGACCGACAUGGAUAGCACCAACGUGUAUGCUUACAUCUCAAUAAUUUCUCUCAUUGUUUGCAUUCCACCUGCACUGAUUUUUGAAGGGCCAAAACUGAUGCAGCACGGAUUUAGCGACGCUAUUGCAAAAGUAGGUCUGCAAAAGUUUGUUACUGACCUUUUCUUGGUUGGACUGUUCUACCAUCUGUACAACCAGCUUGCUACAAAUACUUUGGAGCGAGUGGCUCCUCUGACACACGCUGUUGGCAAUGUGUUGAAACGUGUGUUUGUCAUUGGUUUUUCAAUCAUUGUUUUUGGCAACAGAAUUACGACACAAACUGGAAUUGGCACUACCAUUGCCAUAGCUGGUGUGGCCAUGUACUCUUACAUCAAGGCUAAGAUUGAAGAGGAGAAAAGGAAAAAGAGCGCAUGAUGAGGUGACUACUGUGAAUAUGUGUCGGGUGGCUGAGUUGUACUUCCUGAGACAACAUCGUCGACAAUCAUGACUUCCUUCUCUGCCUUGUUUUGUUUUCACCUUGAGUCAUUUGGUCAAUUGUUUGUUCCCAACCUGGUGUUGAACAGCAGCAGCACAUUGCAGAUGGCAAGUAUAUUGCUCUUCUUACCAUCAGAACAGAUAAUCGUUGCGUGAGCAUGAAUGUGUAGAAAAUGAACGCUCAUACUUGAAAGUCUUUUUGUUUUGUAUGUGGUAACUGUGUAAAUUCUGUU